GCCACAAAUUAAGUCGAAAAUAUAUAUUGCGAAUUGUUUAACAGGUCAAGGCAGAAUCCUUGAAUCAAUGAAAUACACGGAUAACCCAAAUAAAAAAGGAGUAUGACAGUUGACUGAGAAAAAAGGCAAAGGAUUUCUUCUGUAUGUGUAGACGUAUAUAGCGGACAGUAAAGGAGAAGAAAAGAAGGGUGUAUCGAGUUAAGAAGUGAAGUAACAAUACUAAAUAGCUAAAUGUUACAGGUGUACAUGGACUUUGGAAGAUUUUUGUAUAUCUUGUAAUGGGACUACUGAACAUCAGCAAUGCCACUACGAAACUGGUGUAUUACCACUUGUUGUAUACAAAUAGUUUCAUUCGUAACCUUUCUUGGUUUAUGGACGAAUACUGGAAGACAAGUUCUUUUGGUUGAAGAUAAUCCCAUAUCACCUGAAAAUGUAAUUUUAGCGCCAAAAAUUGACAAAUUUCAUAGGGACACUCCAGCACCAUGUACUGAGGUCAGAAGUGGAAAUGAAAAUCCAUUAACGGACAGUUGUCUCCCCAUUAAAGGAAUCGGUACUAGUUGCGCUGCAUACUUUAUGGGGAAUAACCCUGUUAACCCUUUACUAAAUCGUAAAGCAACGGGAAAGUGUCGACUAUACAACUUAGUAUCAAACUGUUCGUUGUUUAAAUUAGUUCAUGGAUAUGAAACGUUUCCAGUAUCGGAAGAGGAGAAAACAUUUCCGCUAGCUUUUGCUAUUAAAUUUCAUCGCCUUCCAGAACAAGCUGAGCGUCUUCUAAGAACAAUUUAUCGCUCCCAUAAUGUUAUCUGUAUUUACAUAGAUGGUAAGGCUCCAAAGCUUCUCAUGGAACUGAUGACAAGUAUAAGUAAAUGCCUACCAAAUGUACAUGUUGUGAAAAAUCCAAUUAAUGUGGUAUACGCAAGCUCUGCGCAUAUGCGAACUGACUUCCAGUGUAUGAAAAUGGUUUCAAAAUCUAAUGUAAAAUGGAAAUACUACAUCAAUUUGACUGGACAAGAAUUUCCACUGAAGUCAAAUUUGGAAAUGGUAAAAAUUCUUCAAGCAUUAAACGGUGCUAAUGAUAUUGAGUCAUAUAGUCUGCCAGUAUUUUUAAAAUGGCGUUACGAAAAGGCUCAUAAAAUAGUCGCUCAUAAAUUAAUUGAUACUUUGAAGAAGAAAGAGCCAUUCAAAUAUAAAAUGCAAAUGAGUAAAGGAAGUGCUUAUGGAGCUUUUACUAGACAGUUUGUCAAUUUCGUACUUUCUGAUGACGUUGUCCAAGAUUAUAUUAACUGGCUCAAUGAUACAUAUUCACCAGAAGAGAAUAUAUGGGCUACAGUAAAUACUCUACCGUGGGCCCCAGGUGGCUACAUGUCGGAGGUUCGCCAUCGAUACGGAACAUUCUUAUCCAGAGCGAUUAUAUGGGAAGGAGACAGGGUCAAAUGCUCUGGAAAAUUUGUCAGAGGUGUGUGCGUUUUCAGUAGAAAUGACUUGCCAUGGCUUGUUGGUCAGAGACAGUUAUUUGCCAACAAGUUUGAUGAAUAUCAGGACAAGGUCGUGUUAGAUUGUUUAGAGUCUUUGAUUAGGAACAAGACAUAUCAUCCGACUGUUCAUCUUCAAGACUGGUACCAUUAUCACAAUCUUCCUCACAGUAAAUUUUAUGCAGCGAUAUCAAAUAUGCAAAAAGAUCCAGAAUUUUUAUCUCGUCAGAAAACGGUCUGGCUUGAAAAUCAAAGGAACCAGAAAAAUUACACUCUUUUUGAAAGAAAUAUACAAAAUGAAGCAGGACUUGAUAUGGCUGGUAGCUCUAUUAACGUGUAUCAGAUAUACGAUAAAACCUAAAUAUUUCAAUCUUGUAAGACAUUUAUUUCAAGUUAUAAAACGCUAAAAUGUGCCAAAGUAAACAAAACAAAAUUCGGAGAGUAUAAUUCAUGCAUAUAAAUAUGUGAAUAAAAAAUUAUUUUUAAUUUAGUGUUUAAAUAGAUAGGAAAUUACAUUGGUUUCACCAUCGUUUGUGUUCAAAGAAAAUAAAAAUUUCUAAAAAUA